UCUUCCUCAGUGCUCCCCUCUGCUGCAGCCCUCAUUAGCCUCUCUGUGUCUUCCAACAUGACCUCCUACAGCUCCUCCGCUCAGUCCGCCUCCUCCUACCGCCGCCACUUCGGCCACGGCACUUACGCCUCGCCCUCCCUCAACCGCUCGCUGCUGGGCCACAGUGGCGGCGGUGGCGCGGGCCAUGUCUCCUCCAGGGUCUAUGAGGUGACCCGGACCAGCUCCACGCCGGCCUACCGGGUCUCCUCCAGCUACUACAGCAAGCCCCUGAUGACCUCCCGGGCUUCCGUCGGCCGCUCCUACGCCGGCAUGGGCGAGACGCUGGACUUCAGCCUGGCCGACGCCCUCAACCAGGAGUUCCUGACCACGCGGACCAACGAGAAGGCGGAGCUGCAGCACCUGAACGACCGCUUCGCCAGCUACAUCGAGAAGGUCCGCUUCCUGGAGCAGCAGAACCAGGCGCUGGCGGUGGAGGUGGAGCGGCUGCGCGGCCGCGAGCCCACGCGCAUCGCCGACCUGUACGAGGAGGAGAUGAGCGAGCUGAGGAGGCAGGUGGAGAUCCUGACCAAUCAGAGGUCGCGCAUAGAGGUGGAGCGGGACAACCUGGCCGACGACCUGGACAAGCUCAAACUCAGACUCCAGGAAGAGAUCCUCCAAAAAGAGGAAGCAGAGAACAACCUGGCUGCGUUCAGGGCGGACGUGGACGCUGCCACUCUGGCCCGUCUGGACCUGGAGAGACGCAUCGAGACGCUGCAGGAGGAGAUCGCCUUCCUCAAGAAGAUCCAUGAAGAGGAGAUCCGUGAGCUGCAGAUGCAGAUGCAGGAGAGUCAGGUGCAGAUCCAGAUGGACAUGUCCAAGCCCGACCUGACGGCAGCUCUGCGAGACAUCAGAGCUCAGUACGAGGGCAUCGCCGCCAAGAACAUCGCCGAGGCUGAGGACUGGUACAAGUCAAAGGUGUCCGACCUGAACCAGGCAGUGAGUAAAAACAACGAGGCGCUGAAGCAGGCCCGGCAGGAGACCAUGGAGUUCAGGCACCAGAUCCAGUCCUACACCUGCGAGAUCGACUCGCUCAAAGGCACCAAUGAGUCCCUGAUGAGGCAGAUGAGGGACAUGGAGGACCGCCACGGACGCGAGGCCAGCGGCUUCCAGGACACCAUCGCCCGGCUGGAGGCGGAGAUCGCCAACAUGAAGGACGAGAUGGCGCGCCACCUCCGCGAGUACCAGGACCUGCUCAACGUCAAGAUGGCGCUGGAUGUGGAGAUCGCCACCUACAGGAAGCUGCUGGAAGGCGAGGAGAGCAGGAUCACUUUGCCUGUGCAGAGCUACUCCACCCUGAGCUUCAGAGAGACCAGCCCUGAGCACCCGCAGCGCUCCGCUGAGAUGCAUUCAAAGAAAACUGUCCUCAUCAAGACCAUCGAGACCCGUGAUGGAGAGGUCGUCAGCGAGUCGACGCAGCACCAGCAGGACAUCAUGUAACCAUCUGCAGAGGAGACGAAGAAACAAGAAACAACAACACAUCUGCCCGAGUCUGAGUCAGACAGAUGAAGAAAAGAUGCGCAAAUAAAACUAAAAGUAAAAAGACUUGAGUCGUGAUUAUGGCCUGUACUGUGCUGGUGUUAAAGCUCAUAUGUGAAUUUGAA